AUGCCGUGGACUGUCACCAAUUCAUUUAAGCGAGGCCUCAUGAAAACAUACGGAAGACCAACAUGGCGCGUCUACGAUGACGAGCGCGUUGCAAAGAAAAGACGCGUGCAAGAUGAGUCGGAUGAGGCAGAGACCAACCUACAAUAUGCCAUACGCGAAUCUUCAGCGGCCGUGCUGUCCAGCCCGUCGCGUCGCAAUUCCGUUGUGCUGUCGGAAGGCACGCUCGAUGAUAUUGACGAUCUCACAACACCACCCUCGUCGCCACCUCCACGAUUAACUCCCCCGCCAGCCAAUACUCGCAAGCCGACAUUUGCCUUUCUCAAGCGAAAGCACAAGGAUGCAGCGUCUCCACUGACAGAGGUCAACUCGAACAGUGUGCGCUCGUCGGUCGAGCCCAAGAAGGGGCAGAAGCCGGUGAUGCGCCAGAUGCAGAUUGACCUGGGAAAUGACACACGGAAGACUUGCGCCACCUGUGGGAUGGAAUAUAUCCCCUCCAACACCGAGGACGCGGCGCUGCAUAAAAAGUUCCACGAGAUGAAUGCUACGGGAAUCGACCUGGGAAAGGCAUUUAUGCGCGCAAAUGCCUCGCGCUGGGUGUACGAAGCUACGCGAUUCGAUGAAGGAUACGUGGUUAUUGUUGAUCGCAAGGCGUCCCCCAGCGCGAAGAACCAAGCCAAGAAGGUGCUCGAGGUGGUCAGCAAAGAACUUUCGUCACCAGAAAUUGACGACGAAACACUCUGGAGCCAAACAGAGCCGCCCAAACAUCUGCAGGAUGGCCCGACCGAAAAAGUAGAUCGCUAUCGGGUUUUCCUGCAUAUGAAGGACAGUCGCUGUGUCGGUCUCUGCCUGACUGAGCGCAUCUGGGAAUCGCGCCCGGUCGCAACGGAUCAGAAUGGCGCAAAUGGCUCCUCGGUUUCUGUGCGAGACGAACUACGACCGGCCAUUGUCGGAGUAUCUCGUAUCUGGACCUCUGGAUCCUCACGGCGAAAAGGCAUCGCCUUGGAUCUCCUCGAUUGCGUGGUGAUCAACUUUAUUUACGGAAUGGAAAUAAGCAAGGCACAAAUUGCAUUCAGCCAGCCCACGGAGAGCGGGAAGCGUCUGGCACAUAAGUUUUUCGAGGAUGAAGAGACAUGGCAUGUCUAUAACGAGCGGUGA